GCCAAAGAUCCUCGAUGAAAAGGGUUCCCCAAUCGCAGAAACCAUGCCCGGAUAAACUUGUCUCCCAUUGUGAAAUACCCAAGCUCGAACAAUAGACCGUAUCCUCAUUUGACUCCCUCAGUUCCCUGGCCGCAACGGUUGUGCUGAAUACCGCCAAUCGUUGAAAGUAUGGGUCUCCUCCACUGGUUCUGCAGACUCUACUCCCUAGAUACACUUGACACGCGUUUCACAACCUCAUCAAACACGCCGCUAAAGGCCCUCCUUGCCAGCGAAUCCCGAGCAACCGCUGCUGCGGAUAAUGGAGUGGUGGGACAGACGGACUCGAAGGAGUCUGAGAGCGGAAGCGGGGUGCGGACGAAAAUGGAGACACGGACACAAUUGGGAGAAAUCCGGGGAGGUGGUUUUUCUGGCCGUUCGCUAACGACGUCCCCGCCGCGUUGGAAAACAGUCGAGUUUUAUGUCUAUUAUGCCGUGUUUCUUAUUGCGCUGCCAAUGAUGUUUAAGGCUGCCUAUGAUGUUUCGAAGGAGUCUCACCCGAUGUAUUCGAAAUACUCGCAUCUUUUAGACGAUGGCUGGCUUAUGGGCCGGAAAGUCGACAAUUCUGACUCACAAUAUGGAACCUUUCGCGAUAACAUCCCCUAUCUUUUCCUGCUCUUGGUGAUCCAUCCUUUAAUCCGGAGAGCAAUAGACACCUUUUUCCCUUCAACAAGCACGAAUUCGCGCUCUCCUCAAUCUAGUAAAAUCAGAGACGAUGCGAUCACCGGAUAUGAUUCAGUGACUGCCGACUUGCGCCUGAAACGGAGGGUGAUCUUUGAUUAUUACUUUGCCUUGGUAUUUAUUGCUGCCUUGCACGGAUUUUCAGCUCUCAAAGUUCUGGCAAUUCUCACCAUUAACUAUAAUAUUGCGACAAAAUUACCAAGGAACAGGAUCCCAGUUGCGACAUGGAUGUUUAACAUUGGGAUAUUAUUUGCGAAUGAAUUGUCCAAUGGAUAUCCCUAUGCAGACUUAGCGAGAAUGCUUACUUGGACAUCUUCCGCCUCAACUACAGGGCAAGUUAAUGUGCUAGUUUCCUUCGGGAAAUGGCUAGACAGCUGUGGCGGUUUGAUCCCAAGAUGGGACAUUCUUUUCAACCUCACGGUACUUAGGCUUAUAAGCUUUAAUCUUGAUUAUUAUUGGAGCCUUGAUUAUCGAGCAGCGAGUCCUGUGGAGAAGAAACAACUUGACCCCUCCGCCCUGUCUGAGCGCGAUCGUGUGUCUAUCCCUGCCCAUCGAAGCGCGUUCAACUUCACAAACUACGUCGCCUACGCUCUCUACUCUCCCCUCUACCUUACUGGUCCCAUCGUCACUUUCAACGACUACAUCUCACAACAACGCUACCAAUCUGCCUCAAUAACUAAAACCCGUACUAUUCUCUACGGAAUUCGUUUCCUCCUCGCCCUCCUUAGCAUGGAAGUAAUCAUACACUACAUCUACGUAGUCGCCAUUUCCAAAUCCUCCCCGAACUGGUCUGUCUACACUCCUUUCCAACUCAGCAUGCUAGGUUAUUUCAACCUGCACCACAUCUGGCUUAAACUGCUGUUGCCCUGGCGCUUCGCUCGUCUUUGGGCACUUAUCGACGGCGUUGAUCCUCCCGAAAACAUGGUCCGCUGUAUGUCAGACAACUACUCGGCUCUCGCCUUCUGGCGUGGUUGGCACCGCUCUUUCAACCGGUGGAUCGUCAGAUAUCUAUAUGUGCCCCUAGGUGGCGGUGGUGAUAGACGCGCCAGAACUGGUACAAGCAACGACAACCGCAAUAGUGGGCCGACUUCUCCCAUCCUUGCCAAAGCGCGCAGUCUCCUCAAUUUCCUCCUCGUUUUCACUUUUGUCGCGCUGUGGCAUGACAUUAACCUCCGCCUGCUCAUGUGGGGUUGGCUCAUCACCCUCUUCGUGCUGCCUGAAAUAAUCGGCACAACAUUAUUCCCCGCACAUAAAUGGCGCGACCGGCCGACGACGUAUCGCGUGCUGUGUGGCGUGGGCACAGUCUUUAACAUCUUACUGAUGAUGGCGGCGAAUCUUGUUGGGUUUGCGCUGGGACUUGACGGUUUGAAGGGGCUUGUGAGUGGGAUUGUGGGUAGUCUGGGUGGGCUGGUAUAUCUUAUCGGCGCAUGUUUGAGUCUAUUUGUGGGCGUGCAGCUCAUGUUUGAGAUUCGGGAGGGGGAGUUGAGGAUGGGGAUAAAUAUGAAGUGUUAG